AUGUAAUAUAAAUCGUUCAUUGAUCCUCAUCUAAAUAAGCAAAUAAAUAGCCAAAAACCAUAUCUUCAUCCACUUCGAAGUCCUAGUUUUCAUCACCCAAUCUAAAAUAGUAUAUAUUAUUUUUCAUAGGAAUUAGCAUUAUUAUGUCAGAGCAUUUCUGAAUAGAAACUCAAGCUCUCGGUUGAUCAAGAGAGCCAGACCAAAUAAAAUAAUAUUGGACAAUCCCACUGGGAGAAGAUUGGAUCCAAAUUGCCCAAAAGAGUGUAACUUCAAUAUAGAGAAAUCAUCAAACCUAAAUAAUUCGAAAUAAACCUCUCUCAACCUCGAAUUCAUAGUCCCAAUCUCAAUUAAAGAUUCAACCGAUCUUUCUAUAUGGGUCUGCAAGAAAUCAAUUCGUCAUCCCAAAAAAGACCUCUUUUAAAUCUUACUAGUACUGUCAUCAUGAUCUAGGAUAGCACACAAGCCACUUCAGAACUCUAAACACAGAAAAUCUAAUAGAAAUUUAGACAUAAUUUCAUUUUCCACUAUACGAUUGGUAUCGGUGGAUUUGGAAAUGUGUGGAAGGUUGAAUCCAAAAAAACAAGAAUGAUCUAUGCAAUGAAAGAACUCAAAAAAACAAAAAUUUUAGCCAAAAAAUCCGUAAAGUCUGUUAUGAAUGAAAAGUAACUGUUAUAAAAAUUGAAGAAUCCUUUUAUUAUCAAUAUGGUAGGAUCCUUUUAAGACAAAGAUCAUUUGUAUCUAAUCCUCGAUUAUCUAUCAGGAGGCGAUCUUCGAUACCAUUUAUUGCUCAACAAAACAUUUAGAGAAGAAUAAAUUAAAUUUUUUGUGGCUUGCAUGAUUCUUGGAUUAGAAUACACAAACUCCUAUUAAGUUAUUCAUAGAGAUCUGAAACCUGAAAAUUUAGUACUGGAUUGUAAAGGAUAUUUGAAAAUAACAGAUUUUGGAAUAGCUAGAUAUUAUAAAAAUGAUAAUAGUAAUGAAACUAGUGGUACACCUGGAUAUAUGGCACCUGAAAUAAUUCUAAAAUAAAAUUACAAUUAUUGUGUUGACUAUUAUGCAAUAGGUGUAAUUUGUUAUGAAAUGAUAACUGGUAAAAGACCAUAUCUUGGUCGAACGAAAAAAGAAAUACGUGAUGAAAUGUUAGGAAAAUAAGCAUAAUUAAAUGCGAAAGAGUAUUUAUAAUAUUCAUUCAAUCUUAUUGAAUUUACAAAUAAAUUGCUUUUGAGAAAAUAACAAAAUCGAUUGGGUUACUAGAAUGGGAUCAAGGAACUAAAGAAUCACAAACUAUUUUAGUCAUUUCAAUGGGAUAAAUUAGUGAAUAAAACAAUGAUUGCUCCAUAUCAACCUAAAUAAGAAGAUAAGACUAGGGCUUGUUAAAAAACCAGUGAUUCAUAACAAACACUAUUUAAUGAAUAACAAAAGCAACUGAAAUUCAAAGAAAUCCAAAUGCUAUUUGAUGGAUAUACAUAUUUAACUGAAGACAAGAUUAUUUGA